CACACACACAGGGAGGCAGCCAUGACUGGACUGCGGUAGCAGUUGAUCCCAUCAGUGCUUCCAGAGCCGCGCGUCCUCCUUCCUCCUUCCUCCUCCGGAAAGCCGCUCCUCUCCUCCUCAUCACGCAUUGAUCUCUGCUCCAAGGGGACGCCGGCCUGCACCUGACCCACUGAUUCUGCAUGACUGUCACAAAGAUGUCAUGGCGCCCGACCUACCGAAGCUCCAAGUUUCGAAAUGUCUACGGGAAGGUAGCCAACCGGGAGCACUCCUACGACGGAAUCCCCAUCACCAAGAACGUCCAUGACAACCACUUCUGCGCCGUCAACUCCAAGUUCCUGGCCGUGGUCACUGAGAGUUCUGGUGGUGGCUCCUUCAUCGUCAUUCCCGUUUCGCAGGCGGGCCGUCUGGACUCUCACUACCCAAAAGUAUGCGGACACCAAGGCAACGUGCUGGACAUCAAGUGGAAUCCCUUCUUCGAAAACAUCAUAGCUUCCUGUUCCGAGGACACUUCGGUGCGAGUAUGGGAGAUCCCAGAUGGCGGCCUGAAGCGCAACAUGGCGGAGGCGGUGCUGGAGCUGUACGGCCACAGCAGACGCGUGGGCCUGAUCGAGUGGCACCCCACCAGCAGCGGCAUCCUCUUCAGCGCCGGCUACGACUACAAGAUCCUGAUUUGGAACUUGGAGAUCGGCGAGCCGGUGAAGAUGAUCGACUGCCACACGGACGUCAUCCUCAGCAUGUCCUUCAACACGGACGGGAGUCUGUUGGCCACCAGCUGUAAAGACAAGAAGCUGCGAGUCAUUGAGCCGCGCUCUGGGAGAGUCCUGCAGCAGGCCAGCUACAAGAACCACCGUGUGAACCGGGUGGUUUUCCUGGGUAACCUGAAGCGACUGCUCACCACGGGCGUCUCUCGUUGGAACACGCGACAGAUUGCGCUUUGGGAUCAGGAGGAUCUGUCCAUGCCGGUGGUGGAGGAGGACAUCGACGGCCUCUCAGGGCUGCUGUUUCCCUUCUACGACGCCGACACCCACAUGUUGUACCUGGCAGGCAAGGGAGACGGCAACAUCCGCUACUUUGAGGUCACCACAGAGAAGCCCUUCAUCCAGUACUUAAUGGAGUUCCGGUCCCCGGCCCCUCAGAAAGGAUUAGGUGUGAUGCCAAAGCACGGGCUGGACGUGGGCGCGUGCGAGGUGUUCCGCUUCUACAAGCUGGUCACCCUGAAGGGCGUGGUGGAGCCCAUUUCAAUGAUCGUGCCAAGAAGGUCGGACACGUACCAGGAGGACAUCUACCCCAUGACGUCGGGAACCCAACCUGCACUGUCUGCCAGCGAGUGGCUCAGUGGUAUCGACAGAGAUCCAGUUUUAAUGUCCCUCAAAGAUGGCUACCACCGACCAAACCAGCUGGUGUUCAAGGCCCCGGUGAAGGAGAAGAAAGGCGUGGUGGUGAAUGGCAUCGACCUGCUGGAGAACGUACCGCCCAGGACAGAGAAUGAGCUCCUGCGGAUGUUCUUCCGGCAGCAAGACGAGCUGCGGCGGCUGAAGGAGGAGCUGACCACCAAGGACGUGCGAAUACGCCAGCUGGAGCUGGAGCUCAACAACAUGAAGAAUGUUUGACCUCUGACCUCGCCACCCGCUCUUCCUCCUGCGGCACGCCCCCCCCCUCCACGUUCGCCUAAUUCCUGUCCUGACUCGCGUACGGUACGCUCCGCCGUGUGCUGAUGUUUUCCUGACUGCGUCACGGCGUGGGGGGGUCAGGGGGUCGGGGGGCCACCUAGCGCCACAUGGACUGGGACAGAUGUUUACGGGAAUAAGAAUCCUUGCCAUCAAUUAGCGAGCACGUUUUGUCCAACUGUCAGGAUUUUAUGUCAGCUUCUACUCCACUAAGAAACCUCCGUCGCUCCGUCGCUUUUCUUCUCCUUGAGGCCAUUUUGGAGGAUCGAGAGAUAACCGACUGUUUCGCCCCCUGGAGGCCUUGAAGCGUACGGCGACGUCUUCGCUACACCAUCAUCGUACGCCAGGACUCCGCCCCUCCAUUGGAUCAACGUUUGGCCCAACAUCCUCCAUCCCGAUGUCAGACACGCCUUGCCUUUUCUGUGCUGGGGGGGGGGGUGACAUGCACCUCAUGGGACACGCCCCUUUUAGCCAUCUGAAGAACUCCAACAGGGUUUUACACGUUCGACGUAUUAUACGUCAUAUUAUAUCUAUAUUAUACGUUAUACAUCAUAUGAUACUAUAUUAUACAUUAUAUUAUGUUAUAUUAUAAUGUAUAAUAUAUAUUAUAUAUCCAGCGGUGCCCCAUUCCUGAUCUCUUAUUGAUCCUUCAGAUCAUCAAAGAAAGGUAAAUAUUAAAUAAUAUUAAAUAUUAGUCAGGACCACACAAAGAAACACAAAAUGCCGUUUUUUCUUCUUAAUGGAGAAAACAAUCCAAAGCUUUAUCGCCGUGUGGAAAAGCGACUGCACCGUGUAAAAAGCGAACUUCCGUAACUUCCGAGUCGGAGUAGAAAAGGUUCUAAAGGCGUUUCUAAAGUUUUGGGACCAGAAAUGUUGAAAACACGGAAGAGUUAAAUAUGAUUUAAUAAAGAUUUAUUAGUCUGGAAAAGGUCAUAAAUCCAUUUCUAAAGCUUUGGGACUCCAGCAAACCACAGUGAGAGUUAUUAUCCAUGAAUGCUGAAAACAUGGAAGAGUGGUGGACCCUCCCAGGAGUGGCCCCCCCCCCCAAAACAGAAGUGCAGGCCUCACUCGCCUCAGUUAAGGUCAGACUUCAUGACCCCACCCUGAGAAAGACUCCGGGCAAAGACGGCGUUCCAAGAGCAAAGAACAUGAAGGAUGGUUUCCAAUUGGCCGGGAACCAUCUUGAUGAUCCCCAAGACCUUUGGGAAACACUCUGUGGUGGGACCAGUCAGAAGGGGUGUGUCCCAGUACGGACCAUGGAAUGUUGUCUCCCUCUUUAAAAAGCACAGGAAAGGGAAAGGAAGGCGUGGCCGCGUCCCACCAAGGAUUGUGGAGGACGGCCGGACCAAGACUACAUUUCCUUGAAGGAGCGUACGGAUGGAGGAUGUGAAUCCCAGGCGGCCCAAACAGGAAGACGGAACCUUCUGUCCAUUUUCUUCUAUUUACCUGGGAAGGCCUGGGAAGGCCUGGGAAGGACGGCCAUGAUUCCAGUGGCGUUGCACUCGGUUAUUCCACCCCACCCAUUCCUCCCCGUUAAAGCUUCCAAUGUUUGAUCCGGGGGUGGGGGCUAAGUGCUGCUGUAAAUGGGCCUGGGGGGUCCAUUUAGUUGCCGCGUGUAUGCCUGCUAUGAGCGUGUCCGCCAUGUUUACUCCUCCAUCUGCCAUUUUGAUGAAGAGAACCUUCAGUUCUCCGUUCCUCAACGGACGUCUGUUGUCCUCCCGUAGAGGCUGGUAGUCGCAGCCAAAGAGACGCUCUUGGCCAACUUGGAUCCUCUUAGACGCGCUGUAGACCCCCCCCCCCCCCCCCCCCC